UAACAGUUACGGAUUGCGCAUGCAUGGUUUAUCGGCUUUGGAGGGGCGUAGAAAGGAGGCCAUAUUGUACGGAGUUAAAUUGAAAGAACGAAAAUAAUUGUAUCGCCGUUGAGAUCGUUCGCUCUCUCGCGGUGUCCGCGCUCCGCCUUUGGUUUCCCCUAUUUUUAUCCCGUAUCGUUUACGCGACGGCAUCGCCUCGUAAUCCGCGUGCCGCGGCCAGCCGAGAGCAGCGCGAAGCUAAUCGGCCGCCUCCUGUCUUUGUAUAUAAGCUGUACAUCGCGCAGUAGUACAACUCGACCCUAAGGGCAUCCGACGUCGUCUCGCUAAAAGGUGUUUGGUUGCUUGCUGUAGUCGAGAUGGGCACUCGGGACGACGAGUAUGACUAUUUAUUCAAAGUUGUUCUUAUUGGAGAUUCUGGAGUAGGGAAAAGUAAUCUUCUAUCUCGAUUUACGAGAAAUGAAUUCAACUUGGAAUCAAAAUCUACUAUCGGAGUGGAGUUUGCAACGCGCAGUAUACAAGUAGAUGGCAAAACCAUUAAAGCCCAAAUUUGGGAUACAGCCGGACAAGAGCGUUAUCGCGCGAUUACCUCAGCAUAUUAUCGCGGAGCAGUUGGUGCACUACUUGUGUACGAUAUUGCGAAACACUUGACAUAUGAAAACGUAGAAAGAUGGUUACGAGAAUUACGGGACCAUGCCGAUCAGAAUAUUGUGAUCAUGUUAGUGGGAAAUAAGUCAGACUUAAGGCAUCUGCGUGCUGUUCCAACUGAUGAGGCUAAGGCGUUUGCUGAAAGGAAUGGCUUAUCUUUCAUUGAAACAUCCGCUUUAGAUUCUACUAACGUUGAGACAGCGUUUCAAAACAUAUUAACAGAAAUAUACAGAAUCGUAUCGCAAAAACAGAUACGAGAUCCACCUGAAGGUGAUACAAUCCGGCCACAGAACGUAGAACAAAUUGAAGUCAAACCAACGAUGAAUGCUGAGGGAAUGCGUAAGCAGUGCUGCCAGUGACUCACCUUGUUGCUUAAAAUAAGCAGUCAUAUGGGGGAGGAAAAAGCGGAAGUACUAACUGGAGAUAGCUAUAACAGGUGCAUAACAGAACGAGAGUUAAGACUAUAUGCGCAAGCAUGUAAUGUCGUAUGCUAGAGAAGAGUUUUAUCCUAUCAGUGCAGGACAUCCAUCAAUCCACAUAUGAAUAUGCAUUACAUGUUCAUGGAAUUAAUCAAGUAAGGAUAAGCGUCAAAAAAAUUAAACGACGCUGUAAACGCGAAUGCGCGCGAACCAUUCUGUCCGCGAAAAAAAAAGAUCAUCUUUACUCUCUCUGUCUGUCUCUCUAUCUGUCACGAUAUAAAUUAUGUUAUAAUAAAUAAAUGUUGUAUUACUGCUUCUUUGUAAUACAUAUAUAUAUAUAUAAGCGAUUCUUCUUAACGCAUAGCGUGAUCGUGAGUAUGUGAACAGUUUAUGGUCGUAUAUGCAAUGAAGUAUCAUGAAUAAGUACUAUCAUGCACUACAUAGAAAACAAAUACGAUAUAGAUAAUGGGCUUACACGGUGAUUGAUAAAAUGGCGGUGAAAAAAAAAAACAGCUAAACUAAGAUAGUCCUUUCUCGUUGCUCACUCUCGGCUCUUCAUAAAUAAUAGUACUAGUCUGUAUAAGCUUGGGCACUACAAUGCUUCGGGAUUACUUUAUUUUUUCACUGAGCUUUCCACCAAACUUCUUACCGAAUGAAAACUGUAUAAGAAUUAUUACAAAGGAAGCUGUAUAGUAGGCAUUUUUCAAAAUCUCUAAAAAUAAUGUUGCUUUCUGUGUGGCUGUACUGCAAUACGUUAUUGUCUCUCAUGAGCUUUUAUUGUAUCCUAAAUAAAAUAGAGAGUGAGUAAAGUAUUAAUAAAUGGAAGUGUCUACUUGAUGGAUUACAUGAAGGAUCAGCGAUUUUCAAAUCUACCACUUAUAUAAUCUUUAGAAAAAAUUAUGGAAAAAAAAGGCAAGGUUAAUAAAAGGUAAUCAUAGUGCAUUGUGCGUGCGUUUAACCUGAUUUUUAGUACGUAUAAUUUAUAUUAUAUUAUCGCGAAUUAUAUAUAUCCGUUGUAAGAAAUGAGAAAUGAUGCGUUGUUUCUCGAAGCAAUCUUAAAGAUGAUAAGAUAAUUACAAGUAUAAUUACCAUUUGAUAUAGUGGGCUUAUUACUUUAUUAUGGACAACUCAGAACUGUAAUAUGUAUAAGCAAUGUCAAAGUGACCAUAGUUUUCUACAGAUAUCUUUUAUUAAUUCUGUAUCCUUAGGCUUACAAAUUACAGAACUUAGGGAAAGCAAAUUUCAAUUUCCUUUAUUCUAAGUAAAAUAAAUUUAUAUAGUUGAGUAAUGAUUUAAAGUAUUAUAAGAUUACUUCAAUCACCAGUUGAUUUGACAUACAAAAGGGAUAUUAUAUAUACAACAACAUAGAUUAUUAUUAAUAAUGUCUUGUAUUUCGUUAUUUUAUUAAUAAAAUACCAAAUUUGCUUUUAAGAU